AUGAGGACAGGACGAUCGCUGCUGCUGCUGGGCCUCGCGCUGCUAGGGGUCCUGGGUGCAGACAACGUGACGACGGACCCGACGCCGACGACGCUGGCGCCAACGCCGACGCCGACGACCAAGCCGCCGACCCAAGCGCCCCAAAACACGCAGGCGCCGCAGAACACGCAGGCGCCGCAGAAUACGCAGAAGCAGCAGCAGAACACGCAGGCGCCGGUGCCGACUGUGGCGAAAACGAGCUACACGAUCGUGGACGGCUGGCGAUGCGUCGGCCUUAUGAACAACACGGUGUUUACGAUCGCCCGCAACACGUCGGAGGGGACGCGCGAGUGCGCCUCCAUGUACAACUACGACUGCACGCAGACCAACUCGGAGCGCGACUGCAAUGGCAUCCUCGUCUCGUUCGACGCGACGCCGUUUCCGUGCAGCACGGUGCAGCUCCUCAACAACAACACGAUCGGCCAUGCGUUCUACGAAGAGUACUGCCUCAACAUUCCGUCGGGCAGCUCGUGGACGUCCAACCAAACCAUCAUCCUCGUCGUGAGCCUCGUUGCGGCGGCGGCCAUUGGCAUCAUCGUCUUUAUGCUCUACAAGAAGAAGCGCGCUGCUCGCUAUGCCGUGCGCACGCCCACCGAAGACGUCAACAACCCCGGGGAUCACAUUGUGCUCCGGUCGCAGUCGGGCAAGCGGUCCUUCCUCGCAGAGCCCGCGGCCGCCUACUAUGCCCACGACAGCGCCGCCGACGCCGAGUUGCACCUUGGCGACCUUGCGUUGCACCGGCUCGACAGCUCACGGCUCCGCGAGGUGCGCGUGCUGGCCACGGGCGCGCAUGGCAUCGUGUCGCUGGGCGACUACAAGGGCGAGCCGGUCGCGAUGAAGCGGCUUUUGCAUCCGGACCGCGCGCGGGACGCUGUCCAGUCGUUCAUUGACGAGAUCAAGCUCAUGGCGCGCAUGGACAGUCCGUACAUUGUGCGCUUCAUUGGCGUAGCGUGGACCCGGCCGCGUGACAUGACGCUCGUGCUCGAGUACAUGUCGUACGGCGACCUGCGUGACCACUUGACCAACACGGAGGCCGACCCGGCGUCGCUCUUCCCGUGGGACCAAAAGAUUCUGUGUGCGCUCGACGUUGUGAACGGCCUCAUCUACUUGCACUCGAACGCGAUCAUCCACCGCGACCUCAAGAGCCGAAACGUGCUCCUUACGCAGCACGCGCGCGGAAAGCUCAUCGACUUUGGCGUCUCGCGCGAGGCGAUCGAGGCGACGAUGACACAGGGCAUCGGCACGUACCGCUGGACGGCGCCCGAGGUGCUGCGCGGCAAGCGGUACACGGUCGCCGCCGACAUGUACUCGUUUGGUAUCAUGCUCUCGGAGUUUGCGACGCACCAAGUGCCGUUCUGGGACGCGCAUUUGCGCGAGAGUCUCGACGGCCCGUCGACCGAACCGGUCUCAGACUUCGCGCUGCUCGACCGGCUGCGCGACGGCACGAUCCGCCCGACGUUCUACGAGACGUCGCCCGAGUGGCUCGUCGAGCUCGCCGAGCAGUGCCUCUCGUAUGUGCCCGAGGAGCGCCCGACCGCCGUCCAUGUCAGCGCGAUCCUCCAGCACAUGUAUGACCGCAUGUUUCCCGCGCACAUGUCGUCAACGAGCCCGCCGUCGCAUGCCCAGCGCCUGUAUAGAACGAGCGCCGCGUCCUGAGAGGUGUUGGCGCGAUGGCAUCGAUCGGUGCUCUAUAUUACUAACUAACGAUACUGUGUUGCGAG